AUGAGCACAGCUGGCGAGGACUAUCUAUUCUGCAGGCAGUUCAGAGAGCUGUCGAUCAGGCGGCGAUCGGGAGGACUGCUCGUCAUACAGUUCCAGCGAUGGCAGCGGCGCACCGUCUACGAGCUGAUGCGAGCACUGGACGCAGCCAAUGCGGAUGGGGACAUCAGCAUAGUUGUGCUCUCGGGCGAGUUUGCCGUGGGACGUGAGGAUGAUUGCCAGCAGCAGCAGCAGCAGCCGCUGGCCCUGGAGCAGGGGCCAGGUAGAGAGAAACGCGAUGAGGCCGAGGAUCGGUUCAUACAGGAGCGGGCCGCCGAUUUUGUCAUGCGAUCGCUGGCCAAGAAGCUGCUUGGCUGCCGCAAGCUGCUGGUUGCCUUUGUGCAGGGCCCCUGCCAGGGUCUGGGCGUCAGCAUCUGCUGCCUCUGCGACCUCGUCUACGCCACGGAGACUGGCCACUUUCUACUCUCGCUCUCACACCUACAUCCCUGCGUCGAGGCGGCGCCAAGCUGGAGCCUGCCACAGAUCGAGCUGUUGCUCCGACUGGGCGAACGGGCCGAUGCUCGCCGCGCCUGGGGAAGCGGCUUUGUGGCCAGCCUGACGGCAGACGGGCAGGAGUUCUGGACACGAAUGGACCAGUAUUCGCGGUUGCCCACUGCCUCACUGCUGGCCACCAAGCGGCUUCUACUACGCCCGUGGCGCGAGCCAUUGCUGGCCCAGCUGCGGCAGGAGGGCACACCAAUGGCAGCUCAACGUCGCCGCCUAGCUGCUUCCUCCAAGCUGUGAUCUGAACCGAAGCACACGCCCCAGAUGAACGCCAUCAGCCAUGCAUGCCCGCCGUUAUAGCAAUUGGCUUGCCAAUGAGCUCUUGCAA